CUCAUUCAUUAUACACUUUCCUCCAUUUCUUCUCCAAAAAUGGUACAAGACUUUGUCAGCUCAGUAACUGCGGAGCCCUUAAUGAACUGGUUCAGUAGCAUCACCCAAAUAGAAAACGAAGCUCAAAUCUCCCAACCACCCCAAUUGCCUCCAACAUGCAACCCUUUCCAAGGGUUCAAACCUAACACGGUCGAAGAAAUGAGGGAGAUGAUCUUCAUAAUGGCGGCCUUACAACCUGUCAACAUUGAUCCGGAGUCUGUCAAGCCCCCAAAGAGGAGGAACGUGAGAAUAUCAAAGGAUCCUCAAAGCGUGGCGGCACGAUUAAGGAGGGAGAGGAUCAGCGAGAGGAUAAGGAUACUGCAGAGGUUGGUUCCCGGAGGGGUGAAGAUGGACACGGCAUCAAUGCUGGAUGAGGCUGUUCAGUACAUGAAGUUCUUGAAGGAGCGAGUGACGGCCAUGCAACGAGCUGGGGCUGGGAGGAGCAUGACUGGGCUGAUCUCAUCUGCCAGUUAUAGUGGAAGUUUCAAUAAGGUGGAGCAAGGGUUCAUCAAGCCCACACAAUUGCUUAGCUAAUCUUUCUUCCCCUGUAAUCAUUCUGGAUGAUAUAUGUGAUGUGAGAUAUUGGUCUUGUUUCGAAAUUUAGCGACUUUAUAUAUGUUCCUUCACUAGUUUUUGAUAAUAUAUUGAGCUUUACCGUCAUGUUCUUGAUCUUUUUCAUGUUGUAAGGGUUUCACAUUAAGAU